AUGGGAAAGGGUCGUUGCCAGGAAAGGGCAGCGAUCGGCAGGCGGAUCGACCGGAAAAUCGCGCCCCUGGGUGGCAGUACUGGCAGUACUGCUAGUACUGCUAGUACUUACUUGGUGCAACAGCGUAACCCGCAAUUGGGCGUCAGCGCCAGCGUCAGCGUCACUGCGACUGUGUACUACGCAUACGCCGCAAGGUACACUACCACCACCACCACUACUACUACUAAGCCUUCCCUCCCUCCCUCUCUCUCCCUUCUUCCCCGUCGCACCCGUCGCCUUCCAUUCCUUUUCCUCUUUCUGUCGCUCCCUUCACCAACCCCCUUCAUCCCCAAAAUAACUCCCAAUAACUCUGAUAUCUCGGUCGCCGAUAUCAAUCAUGGGGUUUUCAACCCGUCUCCUCCGCAUCCCGCGGCCAGAGGCGCCUCUUUGAUCUCCCUCUCGUUACUCCUCAACAAAAUCAGCGGUCUCUAUGGCCUCCUCGCCCUGUUGACCGGGUACCACCUCUCCCCCGUGCAGCUGUCCAUGUACCUCUACUCCCUCCUCGCUCUGGGCCUCGUAACCUUGCUCUUCCCACACAUCCGCAAACAAUCCCCGUUACAAUGUCUCGCGCUCGCCUGGCUCUACGUCUUCGAUAGUGUCAUCAACGCCGCCUACACCGCGGCAUUCGGUGUGACCUGGUUCCUCGUCGUCUCCCAGCACUACGACAACGGUAGCGCCGCAGGACCGGGCGGGGACACCAUCGCUCAAACCGCCGGCUUCACGAGCCCCAAGUACGAUGUAUCCCAAGGAGAGGGCGGUCACCACGGACGGAGGCCCGAGGCCCUUGGAAACGCAGUCGCACAGCCCGAAAGCUUCCAAAGCAUCCUGUUCAUCUGCUCCCUUUGGGCCAUCCGCAUCUAUUUUGUCUUCGUCAUGCUCGCAUUUGCCCGCCAAGCGCUCCGUCUCUACGUCGCCGUGCCUCGCCACACCCAACUUCCGACCCACAGUCGCAAUACUUCAAUCGCCAGUGUGGCCAGCGUUGCCGACAUCGACCGGGAGCCGUUCUCACCUUACAGCCCCGAUGGUCAAGGGUGGCAGGGAAAGCUGGGGCGCGCGAUGAUUGGCGUUGGUCGCAACUACUGGCUGGGUGAAGACGAGGAGGGAGGCAACUGGAUGGCCACCAUGGGCCGUCGAUUCCGUGCCCGCGGCGAAGGCAACGAGCUCCCGGGCCCGCUGGAGAGGGAGAGAAGACGUCGAUCUGGAACCGGUCCUCCCCAGCCCUCCCCGUCCGCUUUCCAAGGGGUAGCCCUGCAAUCACCAAUCCACGAACAAAUACCCGGCAUGAACGGGAAGCUGCAUCCAUGGAGCGAAAACAGGUAA